GGCACCUAAGCUAUUGUUUUGAGUUAGUUCAACGAUGGUCGGAGCAACCGAUAAGGGGUGUCAAGGGUGAUGACUGACAACCGCCAGCGAAACAAUUCAGAAAGAAAUCACAGGCAAAGGGCAAUCCAAGUAAUUGUUGGUUUAUCGAGGACACCAGGUCAAUAAGUCCACCGGUUAACAGAAGCAAUGACAGCACGCGCGUAAGAGGACCAAUCACUUGAUGAUCUUCCAACGUUUUCCCUUUUCACCAAAUUUUAUAGAAAUCCUUGUUUUUCUUACCCACAAAGCCAGACAAGUAGGGUAUAUCUGCACUGCAGAUUUGCCUCUCGUAAUCACGUCUCUCCACGACUAUCUACUACCCAGUUGGGUAAUAUGGUUAAGGGUGGAUUGCGGCUCGAAAGAAUGUGAGAACUCCGGAGACGAGACCGACAAACGCGGGCGGAGAAGCAACCUCGGGAGACGCGAUUUCAACCACCAGGAGCCCACUUCUCGUUCCUACUUAGUCGAGAUUGGCGCGAAAGUCUUCUUUCCACGGCGCUUCACCGGCUCAACACUGCUGGACGAAUUGACAAGGCAGAGUGUAGGCUGCGCCGAGAAGCAUGAUCGACUUGAAGGAAAAGAAUUGAAGAAGAGGCAGGAGGGGUGGUCGUUGGUGGAGGUCGACCCUCUGACAGGGGGCGGCGCGAGGGGAGAUGAAGAGCUCGGCGGGAAGUGAACCAAACCCCAAAAAAAGAAUGGGUCGCGGGAGAGGAUGGACCUCGAAAGGGUGAAAUAAUUGACACCCAAGGGAGGAGUGACAAAACCAGAAAAACAAAAAAAAAA